AUCCCUCGCUCCGGGUCAUUGCAUUUCAUGCAGUAUAGGGGGCAUUCUGGCUGCUCUGAUCUAAGGGGAUAAAUUGACUGGGCGAAGGACAGACAGCUCCGAAGUAGUUCAACUCAUGUCUCGUCUGCUUGUUCAUUAUAGUUACGGAAGUACCAAUAAUGCAUAAAGUCAGCCCGAGUCACUGAUUGUGUUCCUUCGAGGCAGCAGACAUUCUGACGUGUUUUAAGACGCGUAUGCCGCACGCAUUACCUUGAUUUUCAACGUCGCAUUGGGUUGCGUUUUGAGCCUCCGGACGUCGUGGACACUACAAUUGUUGUUUGUAUUGUACUGCUCUAUCUGGGGUUCGCUUACGUUAUCGUUGGAUUGUUUACGGGUAAACUUGAUUUCAUGUGGUAUUCCGUUUAUUGACGACGAUGGCGGAAACUUCUUCGGAGGCUCUGAUGGAGGAAUUGGCGAAGGCACACGGAGAAGCGCGUCAAGUUAAGGCUGAUUUGAAGGAAGACACCAAGCGUGUGUCUGCGUUGAAUCUACAGUAUGCCGAGCUUUCCAUGGACGAGCGAAUCCGCAUGUUAGAGGAUCAAGUUGAAGAUUUAACGGAGAAAUUGAAGAGAGCUGAGGUGGGCUCGACAUAUUCUCUGACUCCGAGCUCUCCAGACCUUGAGAGCCCUAAAACGCAGUCAGACGAUGAAUACAUAGUUGUGGAGCAGGAAGGGCCAAAUGAUCUUGAGAACAAAUUGAAGCUGAAAGAGGCGGAAAUGAGAAAAGCAAUUGCUCAUGCCAAAAGGUUGGAGGAUAUGUAUAACACUGCAGAGCGGAAGACAUUGACAUUUGAAAGACAGGUGAAAGUACUUGAAGCAAAUAUGUUUGAAAAGUUUGAUGAUGCUAAUGCGUUACUAGAGAAGGUAAAAGAACUGGAGGAACUGCUCACGGCUGGACAAAUCCAGCAGAUUGCUGCUCUGGAAGAGAAAUCGAAGAGUAAUGAUGAGGCACAGAAAAAAGUUGAGUACGAGAAGGUUCUCUUUCUCGAGACAGAAGAUCAACUUGUGAAGAACUUCAAGAAGGCACAUGAUGAAGCUGAGCAAUAUCGAAACACGAUCUUUCAGCUGGAGAACAGUGUCAAAGAUGCACAAGAGAAGAUUGUUCAACUUGAAAAGUGUAUGGAGCCUGCUUCUCGAAAGAACCAAGAGUUGGAGUCAGUAAUUGCAGACUUGAAUUCUCAAUUGAAACGUACCAGCGAAGAAAUCUCUUUCUAUUCGAGCCACAAGGUGCAGUCUGACAGUGAAAGGGUGGACCUUGACAAGGCACUCAACAUGUAUCGAAAUAAAGCAGACUCUCUAGAACAGGAGCUUCAGAUGUACAGAGGCAGGGAGAAGAAGGUAGAGGAUGAUUUAAGAUCCGUGGAAGAGAAGACCGUUGUUCACGAGGCCUCUUCAAGUCCUCUUCAUGAGGUCUUGGUAGGUAAUUCUAUGGAUGGUCACGCCUCCAGCGUAGAUCUGGAUUUGGCCAUGUCGCAUGGAAGGAGCAACAGUAUCGAAGAUGAACUGAAGUUUCUGGGGGAGAACGUUAUUGCUCAUGUGACACAGUCAAAACUCUUGAUGAAGGAGUUCACUGAGCUACAAUCUGCUCACAUAUUGUAUGCUUGCGAGUCUGAGGUGAGCAAGUCACAGCUGCAGGAACAUGUGAAAGAUCUGGAAGCGAAAGUGAGUCAGCUUGAACAGGAGAUAUCAUCCUUGAGAGGAAAUGAGGACAUGAUGAAACAAGAAGUGAAGGCCUUGGAAGAUAGUGCUUCCUUUUUUGAAGGUUUGAAGUUAUCGUAUGCUGACUAUACAUGUAAUCUGGAGAAGAAGAGCGCCAUUCUGGAAGAAGAGUUGAACUCUGUGAGAGGGGAACUUGCUGCUCACGUAUCUGAGCAACAGAAGUGGACGCUGGAUUGUGACAGGCUAAGGGGCGUGGAGAGCAGAAAUGCGUUGCUGGAGGCGCAGACCAUUGAUCUUCAAGCUAAAUUGGAGACUCCAAGAGUUUGUGAGUUGUGCCUUGCUCUGAAGACACAGAUAAAGAAUCUGGAGGUUAUGUUGGGUGAGCUCAGUUUGGAAUUACAAGAAUUGAAUGGAAGGGAACAGAAUUCUCAGAAGGACGUGGAAUCGUUAGAGAAGAAUAAUGUUAUUCAUGAACAGUUUGCUUCCAAAUUAGAGGAAGAAGCCUCGUCACUAGCUGCUGACCACAAUAUUCGAGUACAGUCAAUGGAAGCUCAGAUUAAUCAACUACAAGAAGAAAAUCUGAAAGCCAAGGCGAGCAUUGCAGAGCAACGCUUGUGGGCUGAGGAAGCUGCAUCUGUGAUGAUAGAACAUGCCGAGUCACUGCACGGGCUGAGAGAAGAAUGCUUGGACAUGGAGCAACGAGUACCUACAGCUACGAUUCUAGGACACGAAGACAGGCAGGCCUUGCAAGCGAGGGUGGAGGGUCUGCACCUCGCGCUCAGGGGUGUGCAGCUGUGUGACGGGUCUGAAGCCCUCCAAAUGUGUAAAGAGCUUUUGUCCCUUGAACGAAAGUGUUUGAAUUUUCAGGUGCUAGACGUAGCUUACAGAAACACAAGCUUAAAGAGCGAAUUAGAGGUGUUGAAGUCAAAAACUAAAGACUUGCAAAAUCCUCAAGACAAGCCAGCUAUAGAGCCGAAAAAAUCAUUUCGAGAAGUUUUUCUUGAGGGAGAAGUGCAGUCGCUACGAGCGCAAGUCAUAGAGUUACACAGUUUAAGAGCGCAAGCAUCAGAACUGCCGUAUUUACAAGCACGCCUCGAAAAGCAGCAACUUAGCUUGCGGGCUGCAGAAACCAGAGAAUAUGAGCAGAAUUUAGAGUUGGUGGAGGUGCAACGAAAAGUAGCCGCAGCUGAGGAGAAAAUAUGCUCAUUGCAGAGCUCUCUUCUUAAUCAGAAACCAACAACUGAACUCAGAGACAAAAUCAAUUCUUUACAGAACACGGUCAUGAAAUUAGAAGCAGAGAAUGCUUCUCUCAAGGAGAUCGAUGUUUUGGAAAAGCUUAAGGCUGAACUUGAGGUCAAGGUUACUGAUGAGGUUGCUGACAAGGUUACUGAUGAGAUCAUGUUGGAGGAUACCUCAGAUUCUCAGCAACCUCCCGGUGCAUCACAGAAAUCAAAGCUGAAGUCUCGUAAGAAGAAAUCUGGGAAGAGUGGAAGAAGUUCACCAGAGGAAAUCCUUCAAACUGCACACAAGACUCAUAGCCCUAGAUACCGUAUUGCUAUUUACCUUUUCUCAGUUAUACUGGUUGCUACAAUUAUCAGGUUCAGCUUGAGAUGAUGAUCUUGAGAACAUCUCUCCGAGUUCUCCAUUGUUCAAACAGAUGAAGUCACUUAUUUUUUGUAUUUUGUAAAAAGAUACUUACCUAGUUAGUAAUCAGUUCAUUUUGUAUAGUUCAAAGUGCUUAUAUUGGAGAAUCAUCUUAGGAUUACAGUUGAUUGACACUGGUAGACAAAAGGCCCUUCACUGUUAUCAGUUGGGCAAGUCCAGUCUCCAAGUAGGAUUUGCACAAUGUUGGAUUGCUGGUUAUCUAUCUUUCUUAAAACUUAAAGAUGCAUAUUUCUUCGAUUAGGAUUAUAUGGCUUCUUUUCUAUAAAACUUGUUAAGGUAGGAUAAGUUCUAAGUUGGCUUACCCACUUCCCAAUUUAUUUGUUACAUGAUAAACUUGAAAUGAGAAGAAAAUGACGUUCCUGUA